AUGCGACCGUGUCUACCGGACCCGGUGGUGGCCCGGCUGAAGGUAGGCAUCACGGCGCAACGAUUCGGCGACUGGUGCGAGUCAUUCCGCUACAUUCCGGCGGUGCAAGAGCGCAUUCGGCAGAUCGACAGCGGAGCAACCGUGGAGCUUUUGACUUACAACCACGAAUUUCUCCGCUUCUUCAUGGCGCCGAGUGCAACACGCGAAGCACUGAAGACGUGCAGGCCUGUCAUCGCACUGGACGGGACUUUCCUGAUCCGUGCUCAGAAGGCUACUCUGCUGUACGCCAACGCGAUGGACGGCAAUCAGCAGAUCAUCCCCAUCGCGUGGGCGCUCGUAGAGAGCGAAACCAAGGACACAUGGACUUGGUUUUGCCGGCUCUUUGAUAAGCACUGCUCCGACUGGAAGGGACGGGACGACGCGGCCAUCAUCAGCGAUCGGGACAAAGGUCUCAUCCCGGCGGUGAAGGAAGUGUUCCCUGAGGUGGCGCACUACUUCUGUGGGUGGCACAUGCAGCAGAACGUGAAGCGGUUUGGGAAGACUUCCGCGGACAUGUUAUGGCGGCUUUUGACAGCCCGGUCUUUGGACAAGCGUGGAAUCGUAGUACAGCAAUCUUCGAUCGGGCAGACAAUUUCCGUGACUGGCUACUCUGGCGACUCGAAAAUCCCCCCGCUCGUCUCAGAUGCCCCACUUGAGCGUAAACUGCAGCAGCAGAGGGUGCCGAAACAGAAGCCGGUGCCGCAGAAGCCGGUGACGCUGCCACAGCAGAAGCCGGUGCCGACACGGCGGCCGGUCCCGGCCGUGGUGAAGCCUGCCGCGCAGGUGCAGCAGCCGGCGGCGGUGCAGCAGCCUGCAGUGGUGCAGCAGCCGGCGGAGGGGCAGCAGCAGGGGACGGAGGGGCAGCAGUCUGCGACGGAGAAGUCGGAAGCGCAGAAAAUAGCCGACGAUCAGGCGGCCCUCGAAGCGUGGAUCCAGGCGGACAAGAAGGCGCUGGAUGAGCAGUAUGCUCAGGAUAGGAUGGCUUUGUUUGCCUUUGAGACGCCUCAAGAGCAGCAGGAUAUGGCGGCGGAGCUGGAGAGGCAGGAUCGGUUGCGCGGUUCGUCGUUCGAGCAGGCUCUCUCCGCUCCUGGCGACUCGGGCGACGCGCAAUUCCCCUUGCUCUUUGAAGACGCUACCCUUCCGCGCAAACUGCAGCAGCAGGGGCAGCAGAUUCCGACGCUGAGGCAGAUCGGCAGACAGAUGCUGACAACCCUGAAGCAGCAGCAGCAGCGGAAGAAGCCGAGGCCGAAGACGCAGCAGAUCGCCUCCGAUACAAGGUAG